AUGCUAGUUACCAAAAUCACAGACCAAGGCUGGUUGACAUAUACUGAAUCUCAGUAUAACGGUACAGUGUCCGUGUUAGAGGAAGGCUGCGAUCUGCCGCAAAUCCAAGCAUGUGGUGUAAAAUCAAUGCGCCCUUUGAAAAUGGGCGGAUUAAAAGUGCAGCUACCAAAUGAUCCGAAGAUAAUUAUAUAUGAAAAGCCACAUUUUCAAGGGUGGUCAAGAGAGAUCACAGAGGAUGUCAGCAGCAUCGGGAAAUGGAUUAGUGACGGAGACAAUACUGAUCCCCUAGAUGUUGGAUCAAUUCAAGUUGUUGGUGGAAUAUGGGUUGGCUAUGAAAAAGAGCGAUACAAAGGCUAUCAGUAUCUCUUGGAAGAGGGCGAGUAUGAAGACUGGCAAGCUUGGGGUGGAUACAGUAGCACAGUGCAGUCCAUUCGGUAUCUGCAGGCAAAUUUUUUGGAAGCAUCUGUCACCUUGUUGGAAUCAGAUUCAGAGGAUGGAAAACAUGUGGAUCUCUUCAAUCAGGCGAUUCCCGAUCUGAAACUAGCCGGAUAUAACACCAGACCACAAUGUAUCCAUGUGAAAAAAGGAAUGUGGGUGGCAUAUCAGCAGAAACAUUACUGCGGUGAGCAGUAUAUACUGGAAAAAGGACGAUAUAAGAGUCAUAUGGACUGGGGAGGAAGCAGCAAUACAAUCAUGUCCAUCCGACCAGUUCUGCUGGAGCCGCUUGGACGGAACGAAGUGAAACACUUGAUAAAAGCAUACGAAAAUACAAAUUUCCAAGGGGAGAGUAUGGACUUCACACAACAAGUGUCAGACUUCAUUUCCUUCAUGCCCAAGUCUUUCAAGGUCUUAAGGGGAUGCUGGCUGUUGUGCUACCAAGCUAAUGCAUGUGACAAUGUGUGCGUGUUAGAAGAGGGGCAUUUCCCUGACUUGGCUUCUUGUGGAUGUCCUGCACCUGAGAUCAAAUACAUCCAGCCAAUAGAUUAUGUCUUUGCUGAGCCCUCUAUCAGUUUAUUUGCUCUGGAUUCCUGUGAGGGAAGAGAGUUGCAUUUUGAAGAGUCUGUCACCUCCGUCCUGAGUGAAGAGGUCCAUUUCUACACCCAGUCCGUGUGGGUACGAAGAGGCCUGUGGAUUGCGUUUGAAGGCGCUAGUUUCCUAGGAAGACAAAUGUUACUGGAUGCCCAACAAAUUCUUAACUGGUCAAAGUUUAGUGGCUGGAAAUUGAUCGGGUCCCUUCGGCCCCUAAAACAGCCUGCUGUGUACUUUAUGGUAAGGAACAGACACAGAGACAAGUACCUGACUGUCAGUGGGAAAUUGUCAGAUUCAAGAGCUACAUUUGUUAGCGUUUCAUCCAGGAACGGACAGAGCUCUCAGAUAUGGUACUUCAGUCGAGGUUUCCUGAAAUCUAAGGCAAAUGAUUCAUGUUUAGAUGUUAUCGGAGGCAAAAACAUCCCUGGAUCAAAAGUGUCACUUUGGGCAGAACAUGGCAAAUUUCGACAAAAAUGGAAGAUCAACCAGGAUGGGAUAAUCUCCUCUUAUAUAAGUGAUGACCUUGUCCUAGAUGUUAAAGGUGGGAAAUACUACGAUCAGAACUACCUGAUAGUAAGCAGAGCCCAGGAAAGUGCCCUGACACAGAAGUGGGACAUUGAAAUACUGUGAAUACAGGCCAAGCGCAGAUCAAAGCUAUUAAUGACAUGGUCUCCGAGGCGUAUAAAACAAAUCCUCCCAACUACUGAAGUCGCACGUCACUGAAUCGCUGCUCU